GCAACAACAACACCUGGCCUCGGACUCGUCGCCAUCUGCGUCUCCAUCAUCCCCCCAACCAGAUAGUAGUAAACCCGAACAGUCAGUACCGUCACCUUCGCCAUCACCACACCUCAUCACGACCAUGUUUGGGGCUCUCAACCGCUUCAUGGCGCGGCUUGAUGCCGCGCCCGAGGAGGAGCGUUCGAGCGUCGAGGGUGCCUAUGGUUUCCAGGUCCUAAGGAACACGAAUACGGAGCUGGCUCUUGAGCCCUGGUUUGAUUUCAUCAUUGGAAUUAAUGGAAGGACUAUUGACAAUCCCGACCCGAAUCUUUUCGCAACAGAGGUGCGCAACUGCGCGGGAACCACCAUCAGUCUGGGAGUCUUCAGUGCAAAGGGCCAAAAAGUGCGGGAAACUUACCUCCCCAUCCCGCCCAACUCGCCCACCCUCGGCCUAACCCUCCAAUGGACGCCCCUAACCGCCGCAGAAGACGUCUGGCACAUUCUCGACGUGAUCCCCAACUCCCCCGCCGACGUCGCGGGCCUGCUGCCGUACGGAGACUACGUGAUCGGCAGUCCCGAGGGCAUCGUGCGCGGGGAAUCCGGCCUCGGCGAGCUCGUCGAGGCGCACCUGAACCGCCCGCUCCGCCUCCUCGUCUACAACCACGAGUACGACGUCACUCGCCCCUUAACCAUCACGCCGUCGCGCGGCUGGGGAGGCGAGGGCGCGCUCGGCUGCGUGCUCGGCUUCGGCGCACUGCACAGGAUCCCCGCCGCGCUGGACGAGCCGCCGCAGGCGCCGGGGGAAACCAUGUUCUCUGCUGCCGAGCAGUACUCCUCCGGAGCAGCGGCAGACACCACCUUCGACGAGAAGAGCGGCGCUGGCAUCGCGACCGUCGCAGGAGGCGGCGAGCAGCUCUUCGUCCCCGCCAACAUGGCCAUCCCUUCGAAAUCACCACCGCCGCCCACCUCCACCUCACCGCGCCCCGGCGGCGGUCCCCCACCAUCGAGUAAAAAGAAGCAAAGAGCGCAUCACGCCAUGGCGGCGACUGGAGGCGGAGGCGGUGGCCUGGAUGACUACUUCAAGGAAGGGGAGGAGAAGAGCAAGGAGGAGGACUACGCGCCGAAGAGGAAGGACGGCGCGCUGCCUCCGCCGCCGAAGAAGGCGGGCGCUGGGGGGCCGCCGCCGCCACCUAAAGGUGGACCACCGAAGAGUUCGGGGACGCCUGUUCAAGCUACUGCUGAGGACGAGUAGUGUUGAAAAGACAGAGAAAGGGAAUGGUGGUGAUGUUGUUGUAGAUAGUAGGGUAGAUGGAGGGAGGGAGGGACGGACGGGACGGGAUGUAUAGAUUUAUCAAAAUCACGUUUAGGGAAUGUGAAGAGUAUCGAACAGUCCUCAAAAAUACAA